AUGCGACAGAGCGCCGCAGUGUCCGCGCUCUACGGCGCUGUCUGGAACACCCCCACCGACGCCUACUUGACGCUGGGCCUGGCACACUGUUUCGAGAAGACAGACGACGGCAAGCUGGUGGAUCGGUACAUCAUUGAACCCCUGUCGGCAAAUUCCCUGGAGUGCAUGGCAAACGGCGGCAAGACCUGCUACAAGCACGUAUUCAGCACAACCCUGGAGCAGGCCCAGUCCCGGGACAAGGCAGCCCUGCCCGCCGAGUUCGCCGAGGCCCGCUUCUGCGAGGAGUACGAGACGCGCUGCGACUCCGCGGCCCGCACCUGGCUGCGCCCCCACGCACUGGACAACCUGCUGGGCAUUGUGCCUCUGGGCCAGGUGAAGAGCAACUUCCAGUACAGCGUGGUGGACAAGCGGGUGCUGAACUUUGAGAAUGUGGUGGAUGACGAUGACAACAUCAAGCAGGACCUGAGCAUCGACGUGUACGGGCGCAAGGCCGCGGACGAGGCGGCCGCCGCGCUGGCUGCGGACGGGGCGAGUCCCGUUGCGGGGGGCGCCGCGGAGGUGGCCGAGGAGGAGGAGGAUGACAUCGACGCCUUGCUGGCAUAA